AUGUGCGCGGAUGACCGCUCUUUGUGCGCGGAUGACGCGGUUUCUCUGUGCGCAGAUGACUCGUUUGCAAUGUGCGCAGAUGACUCGCUUUCAAUGCGUCAAGCAGCUCCCACCAGUCUCCGGGUGCCUGUGCAAGUGACCGUACCGAUGGACAGCGGAGUGCGGGUGACGUUGGCAUGGGCACCAGGAGCAGGCUCAGCGAGCGAUCCCUCGCUGCCGUCGGACUGUGCCUCCCAGAGCUAUCAGUUGGAGGUCAAGUUGCAGACGGAGACCGAUUGGGGAACACCAGAAGGUUGUCAAUCCUUGGGAAGUGCCACCACCUGCACAGCCCUUUUCCUGCAGUGCAACACGGGCUACGACGCCCGGAUCCGUGCCUCCUGUGUUCCUGUGGGGGCUAGCAGCGAUUGGAGCAGCUUCAGUCGCUUCAGCACGGCCAACGUAGGAAGCUGCCUGCGCCCCGCCUCUGCCCCUCAGCUGCUGCGCAACACAUCGGUGUCCACCACCUCAAUGGAGGUGUCCUUCAGCGCUGGGGCGGCCGGGGACUGCGUCUUCAGUGGCUUCGAGCUGCAGUACCAGAAAGAUGGGGAAGAGACCUGGACCUCCCUGCCCUUGACGGCGGGCUCCCUGCAAGUGCGCGCCGGCCCGAGCGUGGUGAUUACCUCCCUCCAAGAGGCCACGAGAUACUUUUUCAGAGCUCGGGAGCUGUGCAGCAACGGUGCUCCAUUGAGCUCUCCAUGGGGCAACACCGAGGAGCCUUUGCAAACCCUAGGGGUACCACCUGUAGAACAACCCAUUUCCAUUGAUCCACUGGGACUGGUGACCGGUACCUUAGUGCCUCAGAGGCUGAUGCUGUUCUUCGAGUCUGACUUGGAUUUGGGCGACAGCACACGAGAGAUCAGCGUUUGUCCAUCGCUGGUGGGCACUGCGGAAGCCCCUGGGGCUUGCCAAUGCGUCAGUGCUGCUGAUUGCGCUUCCAAAUGCGUCCGCCGCAGCGACGGCGAUAUGGGCGUUCUGUUGCUGAGCGCGCGCGUGUUGUUGGUGGAUUUAACGGCCAGACUGCCACGACCCUUGACCGCCUGCCCCUACGAUGUGAUCGUUGAGGAAGGCGUCUUGAAGACACAGCUCACGCCGUCGAAGGACUCCCCAAGUGUACUUUGGAGCUUCACCUAUUCACCACCGAUGCCCACUGGUUCGGUGACGUUGUACUCCAGCACCACCACAUCUUUGACGAUGCACGUCUCCUGGGACAUGCCUAUGACGGUGACCUGUGGUGUGCGAGAUGGAUCCGGAGGCUUGGCACAAGUCUCCGCAGAGGAGGAUUUCACCGGGGCGCGUGCUUUUGUGGAGGUUCGCAUCACCGGCCUGGUUCCCUUCACUCAGUACACCGUGGUCUGCAUAGGUGCGGCCAUUGGUGACAGCAUCUUGACGGCCAACGUGACGCGGUUGCAGCGGCAGCGCAGCGCUUGCAGCGGUUGCAGCGGCGUGGCGACGCAGAGGGACACGGAUGAUAGCGUCAGCAGCAUCAACUUGAACAUUCAGGACCGGACUCCGAGAGGAGAUCAUGGAGAGGAUGGCAAGCUGGAAACAUCCCAUUUCUAA